AUGGGAUUGUACAGAUACUCAGCUCUUGCGCUCCUCGCCCUGCGAGCUGUCGGUGUAUUCGCCGCAGCAGCUCCCGUGGAAGAAGUGCCCGAAAGCCCCCCCAAUCUCGCCGUGUCGGUCUCUGCCGCCUUCCCAGCCUCCGAAGUCUUCGGCGUCAAGCUCAUUAAUGGACACGCGACACAAGCGCUCCUCGAUUUCACCAACAGCGAGCCCGAUGCUGUACAAAUAGCUGUCAUUGGAGGCGCGUUGACGACUCUGCAGCCAUUGGCACCUGAAACUCCCGCCAGCGCUGCGAUUAUCCGCAACUUGACCGGCACCCGUUACGAUGUUGAGAUCCCGGCCGGCGAGAAGCUGACGCUUCCAUACACUUUCACCACGGACUUGAACCCACAAGACCUGCGAUUGAACUUGCUGGCGGUUGUCAUGAGCAAAGCUGGGGAGAUUUACCAGGUCCAGGCUUUCAAUGAGACAGUCAGCGUUGUUGAGGCUGCUACUAGCAUCUUCGAUCCUCAGAUCAUCUUCCUCUAUCUUUUCCUCCUUGCAGGACUCACCGGUACCCUCUACUUCGUUUACAAGACCUGGAUUGAAGCAUUGUUCCCACAAACAAAGCGUGGUGGCAAGGGUGGAGAGCGCGCCAAGCGUUCGUCUGGAGGGUCAAAGAAGGCAGUUGACGUCAAGGACCAGGUCUCUGUCAUUGGUGCAGAUGGACCAGCCGUUACCACCGGUGCAUUGGCCCAAAAGGCAUACGAUGAGAGCUGGAUCCCGGAGUCGCACAUCAACCGACCAUCCGCCAAGCGCGUCAAGAGCGGCGCGUCGUCAAAGUCAAAAACUCGCGCUGUGGGCGAGUGA